AUUCCCCCCUCCGACCGCCUUCAGAUCUCCGAUCUAAAUUCCCACCCCCGCCCUCGCCCCCGCCGCGUCUCCGUUCUCUCUGCGUCGCCUCCUCCUUCCUCCACCUCCUCCUGCGCCGCUGCCCUCGAGAGCCCCCGCGGCGGGCCAUGGAGCCGGAUGUGAGCUUCGAGACAGGCUCCAUGAUCCGGAUCGCCGUCCUACCCGUCGGCGGCUCAAUCCCACACCCGCGGUUGCGUUCUUACGUGGAGAUGCUGGGCCGCCACACCCGGAUCGACCUCUCCUCUAUCAGCUCCUUCUACUCGGAGCACCAGAAGAGCCCCUUCACCCACCAGCCAUGGGAGACGGGCAGCCUGCGCUUCAAGUUCAUGCUGGGCGGCGCCCCGCCCAGCGCCUGGGAGGACUUCCAGUCCUGCCGCAAGAUCCUUGCUGUCAUCGGCCUCUGCCACUGCCCCGCCUCCCCCGACCUCGAUCUCGUCGCUGACCAGUUCGCCACUGCCUGCAAAGCCUACACCUCAGCACUAGCCAAGCGCUGCUUCGCCUUCUUUCCUACCGAUUCCCAGUUAGAGGAAGGGGACAAUAAAAGAGAGAACAUUCUAUUGUUUCCUCCUUCUGAUCAAAAGACACAAGAAUUCCACAUGCUCACCAUGAUGCAAGAUCUUGCUGCUUCCUUGUUGAUGGAGUUUGAGAAAUGGGUUCUUCGUGCAGAAUCAGCUGGAACCAUAUUGAAGACACCCUUGGACUCUCAAUCUAGUCUUGGUUCAGAGGAGUUUAUCAAAGCAAAGAAAAGGAGGCUUGCCCGUGCACAAAAAACGAUAGGGGAUUACUGCAUGUUAGCAGGAUCACCUAUUGAUGCUAAUGCACAUUAUUCCACUGCAAUAGAGCUGGCCAGGUUAACUGGGGAUAUAUUCUGGCAUGCAGGGGCUAUGGAGGGUAGUGUUUGUGCCUUGCUGGUUGAUCGAAUGGAUCAUAAGGAUCCUCUUUUAGAAGAGGAAGUCAAGUACCGCUAUUACAAUGUUAUUCAGCUCUAUAGGAGAUCUUAUCUACAGGAUAAUGCACAAAGAGUUUCAACAGUGAGCUUUGAACUAGAGGCCGCACUGAAGUUAGCUAGAUACCUUUGCCGGCGUGAACUUGCUAAGGAGGUUGUCGACUUGUUGAUGAGUGCUGCUGAUGGUGCAAAGUCCCUGAUUGAUGCAAGUGAUCGCUUAAUAUUAUAUGUUGAAAUAGCAAGAUUGUUUGGAACUCUUGGCUAUCAACGGAAGGCAGCCUUCUUUUCACGACAAGUAGCUCAAUUGUACUUGCAGCAGGAUAAUGCCUGUGCUGCUAUGAGUGCUAUGCAAGUUUUGACUAUGACUUCAAAUGCUUAUCACGUCCAAAGUAGAAGGAACAGCCAAAAGAUGUGUCCAUCAUCCCAAGAUCUUGGAGCAAGUCAUGGUGAUGGCGGAAAAAUGCACCCUUUAUCAAUAGUCUCCUUGUUUGAGUCUCAGUGGAGCACCAUACAAAUGGUUGUUUUGAGAGAGAUACUGAUGUCCUCUGUUCGUGCUGGUGAUCCUCUUGCUGCAUGGAGUGCUGCAGCUCGUCUACUUAGAUCAUUUUAUCCGCUCAUUACGCCUGCUGGUCAGAGUGGGCUUGCAAGCUCACUUGCAAACUCUGCAGAAAGACUUCCAUCAGGCACACGCUGUGCCGAUCCUGCCCUUCCUUUUAUCAGGUUGCAUUCGUUUCCUCUCCAUCCUUCACAAACAGAUAUCAUAAAGCGCAAUCCACAAAAAAAGGAGUGGUGGACUGGUUCAGCACCUUCUGGACCAUUUAUUUACACUCCUUUCAGCAAGGGGACCAUCUCUGAUUGCAAUAAACAAGAGCUUACAUGGAUUGUAGGAGAACCAGUUCAGGUUUUAGUGGAAUUGGCAAAUCCAUGUAGCUUUGACCUUAUGGUUGAAAGUAUUUAUCUCUCAGUUCAUUCUGGAAACUUUGAUGCUUUUCCUGUAAGUGUGAGUCUGCCACCUAAUACUUCCAAGGUGAUCUUAUUGUCUGGGAUUCCAACAAAAGUUGGAGCAGUUUCAAUACCAGGAUGCAUUGUCCAUUGCUUUGGUGUGAUUACAGAGCACCUAUUCAGGGAUGUUGACAACUUACUUCUUGGGGCAUCACAGGGCCUUGUUCUUUCUGACCCUUUCAGAUGCUGUGGCUCUACCAAACCAAAAAACAUGUCCGCUCCAAACAUAUCUGUGGUGCCCCCUCUACCUCUGCUAGUUUCCCACGUGGUAGGAGGGAAUGGUUCUACCAUCUUGUAUGAAGGUGAAAUUCGUGAUAUUUGGACAAGUCUAACGAAUGCUGGGACUGUACCAAUUGAGCAAGCACACAUUGCAUUAUCAGGGAAAAACCAGGAUUCUGUUAUUUCAAUUGCACAUGAUGUUCUGUUAUCAUCUCUUCCUCUGAAACCUGGUGGAGAAGUGACUAUUCCAGUAACUGUAAAAGCAUGGCAGCUGAGCUUGACGGAUUCUGAAUUUGAUGCUAGCAAGAGCUCCUCUGGAAGUGCACGAAGAAUAUCCAAGGAAGGAAGCAGCCCGUUGUUGGUUAUUUAUUAUGCGGGUCCAUGGACAAGUCCUGAUGAAUCAAAUGGCAGUGGCAAUUCUGUGCCACCAGGAAGGCGCUUGGUUGUCCCAUUAAAUGUGUGUGUUCUUCAGGGCUUGCGCUUUGUAAGGGCACGCUUGCUCUCAAUGGAAUUUCCGGCACGUGUGAGCGAGGCACUUCCUAAGCAAAUUUAUGGUGAGAAUGGUAUAACUGAAGAACUAAAAUCAGUGAACCAAAAUGACAGUUUGGUUAAGAUUGAUCCAUAUAGAGGAAGUUGGGGUUUGCGACUUCUUGAACUAGAACUGUCUAAUCCCACAGAUGUAGUCUUUGAGGUCAAUGUCUCAAUGCAGUUGGAUAGUCAACAGAGUGAGCAUGGCAUGGCAAAUUUCAGUAAUGAAGACAUUGACUUUGGGUACCGUAAAACCAGAAUUGAUCGUGACUAUUCUGCAAGAGUGUUAAUACCCAUGGAGCAUUUCAAACUACCUGUUCUUGAUGCUUCCUUCUUUUCAAAAGAUGCUCAAGUCAAUAAUCUUCUAGGAAAUAAAUUUUCUAGCACAGCAGAAAGGAAUGCAAAGGCUGAGCUGAAUGCUUCCAUCAACAAUUUAAUAUCCAAAAUAAAAGUGAGAUGGCAUUCAGGACGAAAUAGCUCAGGAGAGUUGAACAUCAAAGAUGCCACUCAAGCAGCAUUGCAAGCAUCGAUCAUGGAUAUAUUACUGCCGGACCCUUUAACCUUUGGUUUCAGGUUGGGUGAAAAUGGAACUGCAUCAGAAAAUAUUGUUUCUCCUGAAGAGUCCAGUAUAUCAGACAAUCCCCCUGGCCAGCCUGGUAGUAGGAAUGUUGCAAGAGCUAAAGGUUCUGUCUUGGCUCACGAGAUGACUCGUAUGGAGGUCAUCAUUCGGAAUAACACAAAGGAAAGGAUUAAAAUGAGCCUUAAUGUUUCAUGCAGAGAUGUAGCAGGAGAGAAUUGCAUUGAAGGAAAUAAAGCAACUGUUCUAUGGGCUGGUACCCUCAGUGAUAUCAGUCUGGAGGCUCCUCCACUCCAAGAUAUAACACAUUCCUUUGCCCUGUACUUUCUUGUGCCAGGGGAUUACACACUUCUUGCAGCUGCCGUCAUAAAUGAUGCAACCGAUGUCCUGAGGGCUCGUGCAAAAUCGGACUCAUCUGAUGAGCCAAUAUUUUGUCGUGGAUCCCCAUUUCAUGUCCAUGUUGUCGGGACUGCCUAAUGCCUACCUGUGUGGCACAAAUUGGUUAGUUUUUCCGAUUGUCUUUGUAUUUGUUGAUACAAACAGAAAAACCAUUCAGAUUUGAUUUUUGUUUGAUGGGAGGCUUUGCUCACAUGCUUUAUUUUA